AUGAGUAUCAUUACCUUAUUCACUUAUGGAUCAGGAACUUAUGAAGAAUUAAUGAAAAACUAUUAUAAUUUGAUGAAACUCAUUAGACUGAACCUUUUAAUCGAUCUCAUCAUAUUUAUAAAAGAGCUUUCUGGAUUUGAUGAAAUCGACCUUGAG